ACAUUUUUUUGCAUUCAUUCAAGCUAACUGCACGAUUAACCUUCAGUUUAUGCAUGUGCUAUAGCUUAUCAAAAUACGCUCUCAGGGUCCCUUCACCAGAGAAUGGUGCUUUUCCGAGACAUUCGUCAACGGUUGGUGCGCCGAACCCUGGAUAGGCUGACGUCCGAUUGAUACUGGGGAACCAACGGCGACGCUGCGAGGCAAUGAUAUUGAAACGGAGAGUCCAGGAACGGACUACUUUCGUGGCGUGCGACUUGCGUCAAUGCAACCGAGUUUUGGCGAGAAACCACUGGUUUGAAAGAAAGUUGACAAACAAGCUUGAAGCGGAAAGAAGGCAAAUGAUUCAGUUAGAAUUCGUUUGCAGGAUGAGGUGGAUGGUGUUUUUACUCACUAGUAGUGUCUUGGCGUGUUUCACUCUCACCGUGGCGGAUCAGUAUUAUACUCCAACAUAUUCUGACCCGUAUACACCUCAGUAUGCUCUUCGUCGACAAGGCUUUGACUUAUUUGGCGAUGGUGGUUCGUUGGGAAUCAUUGGUGUAGGAGCCAUUGCGGGAAUCAUUGCUGGAGGUGUAGCAGUGGGACAAGCUGCCAAUGCCAGGACGACUAUCCAAAAUGAUAUCAACACCUCUCGACAGGGCCAACACACUUCAGACGUCAGCAGAGACAGUGACAAACACUUUAAUGACUGCUCAAGCCGAUGCCACACCAACAACGUCGAAGCUAAUGCCGUUUAUGCUGCAACGGCUGUCACCUGCGAACCGUAA